AUGUGGGCAGAGUCUCGGCAAUUUGUGGAGGUUGUUUGGACCGGCCCCGAAACGAUUUACCCAUUCAAACUUUGCCCGCGCGUGCUCUUCGCCGACAGCAACUACGACUUGGCCGCCGCCGACCGGUUCAUGCGCCAGCUAAACAGCAUCGGGCUCGACAUGAUGUCGCCGCGAAACCAGCGCAAAACCGAAGUCAUGGACAAAGCUACCGGCGCGACUUCCAACGCAGGAGCCGCCAGCCUCGUCGUCUGGGCCCUCUUGCGCGCCAGACCGAACGACCAUGUGCAUGUGCUCCUCAACAUGAUACCGCUCCGGUGCCUGCUCCGCAAGGUGCAUUGGCGCAUCAACCCGGACACGGUGGAUGAGGAUGCGGCUAUUUCAGUAUAUAAGCCGAUGGACUGCCUCGGUUAG